CGCGCUGGAGAGGAGCCGCGGCCGCUGCUGAGGGCAAGGCGGGGGAAGCGCCGAGCCCAGCCGCCUUCGCUCGGAUUCCGCAGCCUGGCCCGCCCCGAGGGGGAAGCAGCUGCCGGCCGGCCGGAGUCCCGGCAUGCUGAAAGUCACCAUGCCCUCCUCGUCCUCCAGCUCCUCCGCCGCGGGCAGGGCGCCCGACUACUGGAUCGACGGCUCCAACAAAGACACCCUGGCGCAUUACUUCGAGCUGGAGUCGGAGCUGGGACGUGGUGCUACAUCCAUUGUCUACAGAUGCAGGCAGAAAGGAACCCAGAAGCCUUACGCUGUCAAAAUGUUGAAGAAAACUGUAGACAAGAAAAUUGUCCGAACUGAAAUAGGUGUUCUCCUUCGCCUCUCGCAUCCAAACAUUAUAAAACUGAAGGAGAUAUUUGAAACCCCCACAGAAAUCAGUCUUGUUCUGGAGUUGGUCACAGGAGGGGAGCUAUUUGACAGGAUUGUGGAAAAAGGAUAUUACAGUGAGCGAGAUGCUGCCAAUGCUGUUAAACAAAUCCUGGAGGCAGUUGCUUACCUGCAUGCAAAUGGGAUUGUUCACCGUGAUUUGAAGCCAGAGAAUCUACUCUAUGCAACACCAGCACCAGAUGCACCAUUAAAAAUAGCUGAUUUUGGGCUUUCCAAGAUUGUGGAAGAUCAAGUGACUAUGAAGACAGUUUGUGGAACUCCAGGGUACUGUGCACCAGAGAUUCUACGUGGAUGUGCUUAUGGCCCAGAGGUGGACAUGUGGUCUUUGGGAAUAAUCACCUACAUCCUACUUUGUGGAUUUGAACCAUUCUAUGAUGAAAGGGGAGACCAGUACAUGUUUAAAAGAAUUUUGAAUUGUGAAUAUGACUUUGUGUCCCCCUGGUGGGAUGACGUGUCUCUAAAUGCCAAGGAUUUGGUUAAAAAGUUGAUUGUGUUUGAUGCUAAGAAGCGCCUCACGACCUUUCAAGCUUUGCAGCACCCUUGGGUCACAGGAAAGGCAGCCAAUUUUGCACAUAUGGACAAUGCACAAAAGAAACUUCAAGAAUUCAAUGCUCGGCGUAAACUUAAGGCUGCGGUGAAAGCUGUUGUGGCAUCAACUCGUCUUGGGAGUGCAAGUGGUCACAGCAGCCACGACAGCAAUAAGCCCAGCCGUAAUCCGUCUCCAGUUCAAGACAGUGAACCUGAAGAGAAACCUACUCAGGAAGGAGAGGCAGCAUCAGAAGAGAAGCCUUAGGUCAUCCGCUUUCUUAUUUCAGCUGAGAUCAGUCAUUUCAUGCACCAGCUAUCUUGCCAUUCAGCAAGAAAGAUUUGUAAGCCUGGCCUCUCUGGUGGCUCUGCUUUGGAGUGCAAAAUGCACCAGCUGGUGGUCCUAACUUCAAUGCAUGUGACUGCUUAUGAAAAUAGUAAAUUGUCCUAUCAGGCAUGUCAUGGAUACAAUGUUAUUUGCCAUAAUACCAACAAGUGAAACAUGAGAGUGAGUAAAUUCUACUUACAUUAAUGCAUACACUUCAUAUACCUUUAGAGAGUGUUUAGAGGUGACGUUUGAAAUGAAUACUAUCUAGUUUUGUUUUACAGAAGUAGGCAUCUUCUAGAGAUCAUUUAUUUGAAACCGUUUCCUUUCCAAAUCAUAAUCCCACAGUAAAUGAAUGGGAACUGAUGUCAAGCCAAUGCUUUUAAAAUGACAUCUGAAAUGUUGAACUUUUUAUCAGUAAUAUUUAUAAAGUGUUUACAAGGAGAACAUAGUAUAGAGAUUUAUAUGCAAAAACAUUCCACUAAUCCUGGUAAGAAAUUGAAAUAUUAGUUCUAGUGGCCAUGAAACUGUAUGUUCCUCAAGCUCGUGUUGAGAAUGCCUUACUCUAACAGUUUAUAUACAGUAUUUUAAUGAUAACCAAAAUUAUUCUGAUUUCUGCCAUUUCAUUCUCUAGGAAAUGUUAGCAAAACAAAAUGAUAGACUAGUAUCAAAUAUGAUUAAGGUAGUCGCAACUUUUUAAGAUGCCAUUGUAUUUAUUCAUUACUUUAUAAAGCGGUGCAGCUAGAAAAUGUUUUUAUGGGGGAAAUCUGCAAUUACAUAAGUUCUAAAUACUUGAAGAAAGCUAUUCUACUGCAGGGUGAUUUUACUCUGGGGAGACACUCAGAUACUUAUCGGUGCUCAUCACCGUAAAGAACCUAGAUGGAUGAAUAGAUACGUAUAACCCAGAAGCUUUGACCUCAUGAGUAACUAGUUUUCCAUCAUUCAGUAUAGACUUAAUGAGUCCAGAUUUUGCUAAUAAAAGAGCCAGUCCUGUAAAAUGAUCUCCAGGGGCAGAUCCCUGCACCUGUGUGCAUAGGUGCUGGAACUAGAGUUGGUGAGGGUUCUGGUGCACCUGGGCUUGAAGUGGUUUCCAUCAUAUACAGGGUUUACAGUUUGGUUUAGUGACUCAGCACCCCCACUACACAAAUUGUUCCAGCGCCCCUGCCUGUGGGGAGCUCCCAUGAUGCCAGUUAAGAUACAUGGGUAUGGAUCCGCUUGUAGGAUCAGGGCCAAGCUCUUUAGCUUACUUUGAUCAUAACUGAUAUGAACUGAAAACUGAUCAGCAUCAAUAUAUAUUUGUUAAUUAUUUUGAUAGUACCUGAAUUUCAUAAUGCAUUGGUAUAUUACAGAAACGACAUAAAGAAGCUGAAAUGUGUCAGUGCCAUUUGCAUUUGUUACACUUUGUAAUACUGGUAGUUACCCAAGACCCUAAUAAUCCAUUCAAUCUUCCUCUUUUGCUCUGUUUUGAAGUUGCUUUGCCUGGCAAAACUUGCCUUGAAAAACAGCAACGACAAAAAACAACACUAUUUCAGCUACUGAGAGAAGCCAGAGUAAUUUGUUUUUUGUUGAAGUUAAAAUAAAAGGUAAUGAAAUAUUAUUCAUAUGGUAGGUUUGCUAAAUAAAAAAAAUCUAUGCUAAAACAGAAAAAUAAAUUGUCUGAAAGGGAAACAUCUUUGCAAAGUUUUCUAAUGCACAGUACUUGCUAUUUUUUACCCAUUUCUCAAAAGUAUAAACUAUUUACAUUUGUACAACAAAGUUUUGGUGGUCAAGUGCAGUUGAAUUUUAAAGCACAAGUGCCAAUCCUUUUCCCAGACAUGGCUCUUUGGAAGAAAAUAAGUGUAUAUGCUGAAAACACUGGCAGAUUUCUUCCUGUUAUAAUGGAAGCAGGAUUUCUAUCUGAUUUUGCAGGUCUGACUGAAUAGGCUAAGAGGAGGCAUUUGCAGAUCUUCACUUGAAAAAAAUACUCCCUACAGGUACAGCCACUGGGAGUAGGAUGAGGGGUACAUCCCACUGCUUAACAUUUUACUGUCCUGUUUUUCCCCCUUGAGAUGGCUGUAGGAUGAAUGCAUUCUCACUCCUGGUUUCCCUUUGGUUACAGUAGCAACGCUGUUAGUGUUCAGUCAGUAAUUAGUUCAAUAGAAGUGGCUGAAUUGAUGUAGGGUUUUUCCUUUAUUUUGGUUAGCUUGUUCUAACUUCUAUAGAUAGAGCAGGCUGCAUAGGCAUUCCAUACUUCAAGAGUCUAUUGAUCAUCUUCCUUGAAUGGAGAUACCAUUUUCUGAAAUAUGUUUUCAUUUGUGCAGGAUAAAACCCUGGUCCCAAUAGAUAUGUUGGAUGAUUCAGUGAUAAGUUACACCAGAGACCGUCUCUAACAUAUCACAAGUAUGAACCAAAUAUGUGUAAACAGAAGUCUAUCUAUGACAGCAUAAUACAGGCAGCAUGGUAUUGCGUGUGAGGGGCUGUACGAGGUUUGUACAGACUUUGCUUAAUUUCCCCUUUAGUAUCUUCAACAUCAAAUAAUUAAGAUGCUUAUGAUGCAUGAAUUACCUGUAUAUGACCAGCAUGCCUGACUUAUGCAGUGAAACAUUACACGGUAGGAGUGGCAGCACAUUGAGGCAUGAAUGUGCAAGGAAUCUUUCACAUAGUGUUUCUUCUCUGA